CCAGGUUGGCUGGGACACUGGUGGUUGGGUGGUAUACGUUGCUAUGACCGUGGUGACGGUGGUGCAGAUAUCUACCGCUUCUACCACGAACUCUUCGACAUCUACCCCGAUACGAGGAAUCCUACCAUGUUCACGUAUUAUCUUGAGAUCCAUUCUCCAUAUCAAAAGUUCAUAGUGUGUGUCAAAGUUGGGAUGCCUUAUCAAUUCGAGAAUCCAAUGGUAUGGGGCAUAAAUACUAUUGAAGUCAAGAUUCGUAUCCCACUAUUAACGUUUACGAGUUACUAUAGAAUAAUUGUGACAGCAUGGUGCAACAAUGGAACAGAAGUUAUCGACGAUGAGGACGAUUACGAAGAAUCCCUGGAUACAUCAAUGUAUUCUUCCGACAGUGAAUUAGAACAAGAAUACAUUUAUGAUUUAACAGAGACCAGAGGUCUCUGGAUCAAUGUGACAGAGCCACCUUUGAGUGGUGGUGGAGGUGGCGGUGGGAAGGGUAAAGGUAAAGGUAAAGGGAAGGGUAAUGUAACAGAUUCAGCUACUGAUGAGGAAAGUCUAAAACCACCAAAAGUAUCCUGGCAAGAACCUGAGAAUUAGAUUGGCAAAGCAUUACCUAUGUAUAGAAGAGA